UAGCGAAGCGAACGCGUUCCUUUGCUUGCUUAUUUUCGGAUCGGAUUCAGAAAAAAAUAUCAGAAACAUGAUGGCAGUUCAGUGAAAAGGGUGUUAUUUUCGGCUAGUCAUUAGAAUUUCGAGGCUUAUUUCGCUGGAGUGUUUGAUACAAAUUGUAAACACCAUUUCAAUAAGCUUCACCCGAAUUGAGGAUGACGUCUGAAGAAACACAAAUCUCUGAGGAGCUGAAAGGAUGUUAUGAGAAUCUUAUUGUAAUCGACGUUGGUGCUAACCUGACGAACAAGAAAUAUGGCCGUGAUCUCGAUUCUGUUAUACAAAGGGCAAAAGAUGCAGGUGUCCAAAAGAUAAUGGUCACAGGCACAUCAGUUCGGAACAGUAAGGAAGCCCUCAGACUGACCCGCCUCUACCCUGGAACCAUUUACUCCACAGCUGGUGUGCACCCUCACGACGCCAAGUCGAUGGUGGAGGAGGACAUGUGGUCAGAGCUGCGGCAGACGGCCGCCGCGCCCGAGUGCGUGGCGGUCGGCGAGUGCGGGCUCAACUACAGCAAGGACUUCUCCGAGCCGCGUGUGCAGAGGGAGAUAUUUAAACGGCAGGUGGAAAUGGCGUGUGAACUCCACAAACCUCUGUUCGUACACGAAAAGGAAGCUCAGGACGACCUCAUAAAGAUACUAGACGAAUUCGCGAACCGUCUACCUCCAGUAGUUAUCCACUCCUUCACAGGCUCCGUCGAACAGGGUUUGAAAUAUAUAGAAAAAGGUUUCUACAUCGGUAUCACUGGGUAUGUUUGUAAGGACAAGUCCGAUGGGGGCAUCAGGAGGCUGUUGUCGGAGAGUAUCCUGCCGCUGGAUAAACUGCUCGUGGAAACGGAUUCUCCGUUUAUGUAUCCGAAUAUGAGGGCGUCUAAACUGCCGUUGCACGUUAAAGACUCGUUGACGGAGAGGUCAAUGACCUUCGUGAACCGUUACUGCACGUUUCAACGCAACGAGCCGUGCGCUCUGCCCGCCAUCGUGGAGCUCGUGGCCGGCUUCAUGUCCCGCAGUCCUGAGGACGUCGCGCUCGCCACCGCUUUCAACGCACUCAAACUCUUCGGUCUUAGCCAGUAAGGUUCAUUUUUAUAUUACCUAUUUUUAGACCAAGACCCGUGUCUUGCUGACCCGUGCCGAGUCCAAAGGAUCACAUUGAUUUUGGAAUUUGACAGGCAAGAGUUGUGGAGGUGGAGUUUUGUCUUGCGCUUUCAGACUAUUUCAUGUUUAAAUUAGUAUUGUUUGUGACUUCAUAAAUAUAAUUGGACUUGCGAAUGUAUUUGAUUGCGAAGUAAAGGCUCGAGUCGUAAUGACUUACCACGAAACGAUUUUUAGAUCGUAAGAAUUAUGUAUUAAAGAUAUUAUAUCAAAUCAUGUUUAAAGAGAAGAUAUUUUUGUACGUUCAAAUAUUUAACAUUUGAUUUUAGUUGAAGAUUAAGAUGGUUUUGUGGUAGUCUGAAAUAUGAUUUAUUUCAUUACAAUUAAUAUAUUAAAUUAAGAAAUAUAUUAAUUUUUUUCGAAGUUAUUGAAUCGAAAUAAAAAAAACAGCCUUAAAUGCUUGUGCCUUAUAUGAUCACAAUAAGAUUCUUCUAAUAUGGUAAAUAGAUGAAAUUUAUGAAUAAUAUCGAAAAUUUAUAAAUCGACGUUAAAAAUACUCAAUUGCAUUUUUCGAAUUGUCAACCAUGUUACAGUGUUAUCCAUUACACAUUAAGAAUCUCCUUAAGGGGAAAAUGCAGUUAUUUCGCAUUUACGUGCAAUAUUACGUGUGUAUGAAUCGGGUAGCACUUGUUGAGGCUAUGAAAAUCGAUCAAGUCUUGCCAACGAAUAGGGAUAUUACUAAAAAGCCUCUCUGACUAACAUAGAACUAAAACAAGACUUGCGAACGAAAUAUCUUGCCAGCAAGAUAAAUAUAGAUUUUGUUGAAUCAAUUUGUAAUUUCUGUAACAAUAAACGGGGCGUAAGUGGGGUGCUAUUUUCGAAAACUGACGACAUGAAUGAUAUUAUUUGUGUUGCCAGUUUUUAAUUAAAAUGGUAUACUUUUUGCUGCGCCAUAUGUUACAAAUAGCACCCCUGAAACGCUAGGCACAUAGAUGGGUUUACGCUCAGUAUUUUCCCGGCGAAGACUACAAGUUGUGAUUGUGAAUAACCCAUCUAUGGUUUGGCAUCUAUUAUGAAGAUUAGAGUCAUCGGUGAUUGCCAUUUAUAAAAAUCACUCGGAUGCAUAAUAUUUUGUGUGUAUAGAUAUUUUUUUGACGUUAUGCGUUGCUUUAUGAUGUGGUACGCACGCGCAGUACGGUGGCAACGGUUAAGUCGCUAUGAUCUCACGUAGACUGACAGCAAUUACUAUACAAUUGCUUGUAUAUUUUGUAGUGGUUUGACUAUAAUAAUAAAUAGCUACAUUAUGGUAGCUCUAUAAAUAUAACUAAGGUCAUCCACUGUACUUAUUCUAAUAUUUGUAUUUUUCGAGAGCAAAUUUAAAGAAUCUAUUUUUUUUUCUUAGCCGUUGAAUUGCUUGAAUCACGUGUGGUAUCUUUUAAAAAUGUUACCAGUACAGUUCACAAUUUUGGCGGAUGUUCGCCUCUUUAGUUUAGCUAAGUAACAGUUUCCGUUGCCACGGUACCCUUUCUAGCACGGUGUAAGGUAUCUAUAGUUGGCUCUGCGCAGAGCAUUCCUAAUCGAAUUAAUGUAUUUCAUCGAAUAUUGUAAAUAGAAUAUAAUUAUUAAAUGUUAAUUAAUGCUGUAGUCACAACGAAAUCAAAGACUGCGAGUAUUAAAAGUGGAAAUUGAUAUGUUAUUAUUACGUUUUUUGUAUUGUAAUAUUUUUUACGUAUUUAAUCGUUUCUGUAUAGAAGUAUUGUUGAUUACUUAUUUUUUGACAAUUACUUUGUUGUAGAUUGUAAGUGACAAGGUUUGCCGGGGAAUGUGACCUCAUAUAUUUAUCUAUUUAAUAAAAUAUACAUACAUCAAAUUGGCGUCGAUUGUCGGUUAUUUUGUUGUUGGCCUGCUCACACAAUUUAGGACGAAGGCAAUUUAGUUAACCUAAAUUUAACGUCCCAUAAUCAUUAUAGACUUUUAAUGUCCCUAAUGUUCGGGGCACAGGCCUUAUGAAUGACAGAUAAGGAGAAUGAGCCAUGACCACCUCGUGGGCCCAAUGCCCACAAUGGAUGAAACAAAAUCUAGUCAGCAAAGCUGGCAAGAAAUACUAAUUUGUAUAUAAUACAGUUUAAUGUUACUGACGCCUUUGGUGGUUUGUAUAGCGAUGUCACAUUUCGCUGUAAACGUCAAACGAAAGGCCCCGGCCGACGGAACGCAGUGCCUUUCGACAAAACGUCCUUUGUGAUACAAUAUUUUCAUAGAAUUGUACAGAAUAUUUCGUUCAAUAUACAAAUGAAAAUA